AUGGCCUCCUGGCGAUUUGGAGUACCUCCUAAAUCUGCCGGCGGCCCAAGCUUCCUUCGGUCAGCAGCUUGUCUUCUCUUCGGCCACCAAAUCCUCAGGCGAUCCAAAGGUCCUGCUCCUACCGUCGACUCUGUCAACACCGAUUCGAGCUCUCAAGCCCCGAAGGAACCUCCAGUCACUGCCCAGCCGGAAGUUGUCGCCGAGUUCAAUCAAACAGAGGCGGCGGCACUCAACACCGCACCAUCGUCUCCUCGGGCUUCCCCUCUUAGGCUGAUAAGUGCCUCUAUUUCUUCUCCUCUAUUUUCUGGGUCCAAUUCUGUUAGGCCCUUUUUCACCCAACCAGCCCAACCCUUCUUCCCAUCCCCUCUCACCUCAACCGCCACCUUGCCCAGCUCGAUCCCAACUCAAACCCUCCAAUCCUGCCCGAACCCAACCCAACCCUCCAAUUCAGCCUUUGGACCAUCCUACCUCUCGGCUGCCCAAAAAGCCGUCCCAUCCGAGCCCCUCUCCUAUGGCUCUAUUUCUCUAUCCGGCAGCAUUCCGGAGGUUCUUUUUUUCCCUCCGGAAGUCCCUAAAAUAUCGGAGGACCUCAAAUAUGCCCUCAUUGGCAAAUUCUCUUUCGGCUAG